UUUGCGCUACAGGCCCGGCGAAGUGUACGCUGAGACGACAACGCGCAGGAGGCUUUUGUUCGUCGCUCCCCGCUCCAGUCACCGCUUCUUCUAGCAGCUAUGACAGCAGAGCCGCGGUCGUUGUCUGACUCGUAUGUAGUUCUCUCGGUCUUCGUGCUGACGCUCUUCGGUAUUUUCGUUUUCGGGUCUCCAAAACGGAAGUAUCCUCCUGGUCCUCCGGCAAAGCCCCUGGUUGGCAACAUCCUCGACGUCUCUCCUCAGGGGGCAUGGAUCAAGUUCACUAGGUACAAAGAAGUAUACGGUGACUUGGUUUUCUUUCAUGGGCUUGGAAACAACAUUCUCGUUCUCAAUUCCAUGAAAGCCAUAAACGACCUUCUGGAAAAGAAGGGCAGUAUCUACUCGGACCGACCCUCUUUCACGGUCGUCGGAGAACUCAUGGGCCUCGGUCAGAGCAUGCCACUUCUUCCCGCUCGAGAAGAAUGGCGUGCACAUCGGAAGCUUGCCUACACUGCACUCAAUGCAACCGCUGUGAAACGAUACCACACCAUCCAGGAGGACCUCGCAGCGAUCCUCAGCAAGCAGAUACUCGAUACCCCGCAGGACUUCUUCAGCCACGUCAGACUAACUGCUGGUCGUAUCAUCCUCUCAGUGACAUACGGCUUGUCGGUCAGCACUGCCGACAGCGAGUACAUCUCGCAUGCUGAAGACACUAUGCAUAUGAUCAGCAAGGCGACAGUCCCGGGGGCCUUUCUCGCCGACCUUCUUCCAUGGAUGAAGCAUCUCCCGUCCUGGGUGCCGUUCCAGCAGGAAGCGAAGCAGGGGCGCGAGAUGAUCGAAAGACUGGUUACCAAGCCGUUCGAACAUGUCAAGCGUGAGAUGGCCGCAGGUACCGCACCUCAAUCGUUAACCCAGGAUUUAUUGUCAAUGGACGCUGCCGACCGGACGACCUCGGAGCAUCAGAUCAAGUGGACCACAGGGGCACUCUACGGAGCUGGAGGAGAGACGACGUACUCUACCGUAUUGACUUGUCUGAUGGCAAUGGCUUUACAUCCGGAUAAGCUCCGAAAGGCUCAGGCGGAGCUCGACGAAAUCGUGGGGACGGAGCGCAUGCCGAAGAUCUCUGACAAAGUUAACCUUCCGUAUGUGAACGCUGUCAUCAAGGAGACGAUGCGAUGGCAUCCAGCACUUCCACUGAGCAUCGCUCGCUGCACCUCAGACGAUGACGUCUACGAAGGCUAUGACAUACCUAAAGGGACAAUCGUCAUGCCUAACGUUUGGUCGAUCGCAUUUGCUAAGAUAGGUCCUUAUGACCCGUCCGAGUUCGUUCCGGAACGUUUCCUUGAGACGACAGGGGCAGCUCCAAUCGACCCGAUGACUUCGUGGGCUUUCGGCUUUGCCCGUCGGAUAUGUCCGGGAAAAGCCUUGGGCGAGAACUCAGUGUUUAUCCUGAUUGCCACACUAUUGGCAAUGUUCGAUAUCGCACCACCGGAUGACGCAGAGCUCAAGGUCGCAUUCUCGAAGGGCCUUGUGAGCUACCCUCAGCCAUUCAAGUGCAAGCUCACGCCUCGGUCAGCAUCGAAGGCCGCCCAGAUAGUGUGGAGGGCAAGUCAGUCAGUAGUAUAGACAAUGCUCCACCUCUUCUGAGUCGCAGUGAGCCACCUGCAUAACAGCAGCUUUCAUGCCGCCUCAAUUGCUUGAUGCUGUCGUAGGUUCAUGUGUACUAUACGGUGACGGUGUCUCGUGGCCAGCCCAAUGGAGACACUGACCGCGUCACCAGUGACCGCUGCUAGCCGUAAUUGUUGUCGCCUCAGUCACAAGAACUGAAGCUACGUCCGCCCUACGCACCUUUGUACUCUCCCUCAUGCAGUCUGAUUGAUUUCUUCCGUCGUCC